UCUAGAUCUAGAUAUCUAGACCGAACUCAAGACUAGAUUAAAUUAGGAUCUAGACUAGUCUAUCUAGAGUGACUAGAGAUAGAUCUAGAUCUUAGUAGUAGAUAGAUUCGAUUAUGAUAUAGUAGAUCUAGAUCUAUCCCUCAAGAUCGAGUCUAGAAUCUAGAUUCUAGUAUCACGAUUUGAAGAUAAUUGCAUCCUGGCCCACACCUCCUACAGCAUGACAUGAGAUGGCAGCAUGCAGGGUUCAAACCCAGAGCCAUUGAGACCAUCAAUAGACUCACCAGAGUGCAUGAAGUAUGACCAGGCAGCAAUCCAAGCCAUGUGAGUUAACCUGGAAGAAGGUUGUAGGAUUAAAAUGCAUGAAUUAUUUGCAAAAGUUUUGGCUAAGAAAGAUCUUUCAAAGGCCGGGGAGCUAUUCUCACUAGAUGAUGAGAUUAUCGAGAAAGACUUGGAAGAAAUAAUACUGAACAUUCAGAAAAUUGCAGACACAGAAGACUAUGAAACUAAUGACAAUGAUCAAAGUGUUGUGGAGAUUUGCAUUACCAGAAUAACCACAGCAAUCAGAGAAACUUGUAAAAUAGAGAAACAUGCGGAAUCUCUUGUUGAUCUCUUGAAGAUGUGCUUGAAACAUAAUCUCACACAAAAAUCAAAAGAUGCUGACCCCCCUCAUGCUAAGAUAGCCUCUGACAUAAUGAGCAGAUUAUUUACAUAUUACACCAACUCUAAGGUGAUGAUGUUAGCUAUACCCGCUGCUGUGAAAUUUUUGGAAUGCGACAACAAAGAUCUUGUCAAAAGCGUAGCCAGUUAUCUCUCAUUGGCCACAAUAGAUAAUGCAGGAUUACUUGCCCAGCACAUUUCCCUUGUGCUGUGCAGUGUUUUAAAAGGCAAUUAUCUGCUUGGUCAAGUACUUCCACAAAUUUAUGACCUAAAUCCACAACCUGUUCUUCAGUAUGUAGAUGACCUGGCAAGUCUAAUGAGCAAGUGCGACAACACUGAAAAAGUUUGCUUGAUACAGCUGUUGAACAAAGUGGCUAAAUCUCACCCAGAUCUUCUUGAGAAACACAUUCCCAUGCUGUGUACACAUCUUUCAUCAUCCAUCCUGUCAUCUAUGGUCAUGAUGAUCUUGGUGGACAUGGCUUUGGCCCAGCCUACAACUGUAGUGGGCUAUGUGUCCAACAUACAAGCUGUGGUGGAGACUCAGCCCGUCCUGAUCUACCAGACGGCCCAAAUAACUGGUGCUGUGGGCACUGUUUCUCUGGAACAAGCCAAAAAAUCUAUGGAUUAUCUCAUUUCAAAACUCUCUGCUGUUGAUCAGUCAGUUGUGCCUUUACUUCUCCAAGAGAUUCGUGGCUUAUGUCAGAUGUAUCCCAAUCUGCUCUCGGAGAACAUGGAAAAGAUCUCCAGGCUGUCCUCAUCUAGUUCUGGUUCUGUUCGGCUGAUGGUUCAACAGAUAAGAGAGGAUUACAGGAAGUAUAAUGUUGCAGAAGCCAAUAAAAACCUUAACCUUGAAACGUCUAACAACCAGCCUAUCAAGACUCAGGCUAUAUCUGUGCAGGGCGGCGCAGGUCAGGGUGACACUGCUCGAGAGAAGGCUAAAGAGAUGCGCUCAGUUUCCAGCCAGACUGAGGGCACAGUGACUGUCAUUACUGUCGGUAACCCACCCAAUUCCAGCCAACCAAGUGGCACAGUCUCUGUUAAAAGUGCAGGGCCAGCAUCCAGUCAACAGAGUUUGGCUAAAAUCUCCAGCACUUCAAGAGUGUCUUCAUCGGGGGAUCAGAGUUCUAGUUCUGCUCAAACACAGACAGUAGAGAGUGCAUCACUUCCAGUCACUGCCUCUACACCUGACAGAGUUUUGCAACCUGAAAUGAUGAGAGAUGGUGUCCAGUUGUUCUGUGAAAAACACUUUGCCAAGAUCAAGCAGUACAUUGGUAAACUAAAUGCGACCAUUCCUCUACCAGCUAAGUGCAGUGUUGUCAAAGGCAACCACAAGAGGUUUCUCAAACUUCACUUUGAGUGUGCGACACAGUCUGAACAGUGCUUGUACAGUGGCUCAUAUUUUUUGCUCAACACUCGUUUCCCAAAACUUUGGGUCCACCUGAUGUUUCUGGCUGUGCAGGCUAAAUCUAAAUUUGCUCUCAGUCAAAAAGAUGUUGAUGUCAGCUGUCUCAAAGCAUGCUGGGAUGCAUUAAAAGGGGAGACCAACAGUGGCUUUUUGGCCCUGGUUACCUCCAGUUUUCCAACUCAAAAGGACCAUUUAACAUUAUUACAAGAACUCCAUCAGAUGAGGUACUUUGACAUAUUUGAACUGAAUGCUAUCAAGUCACAUUGGGCUUGUUUUGUCUGCAAUCAUCCAGAAAAACUUUCUCAACUUCUCAACGGUGGAUGCCCUGAAAUAGCUGGUCAGUUGAAAGAAAAAAAGGGCAAAUGGAUGUUCUUCAAGCGGUGGAAAACAAGAUACUUCACUUUAUCUGGAGGAUCUAUAACUUACAGUAAAAGAAACUCUACUAAAGCUACACUGCCUGUCACCAAGAUUCAAAGUGUCAAGGCUGUUAGGAAAGGUAUUCGUGACAUUCCAAAGGCUUUUGAAAUUUUUACUGGUGAUCAGACAUACAAGUUCAAGGCCAAAGGUCACCACAACGUGGAACAGUGGGUUCAGUGCCUGCACAUUGCAGUGGCAAGGUCUCAACAUGGAGGGUCGUCUAGUCUCUUGGCCUUCAGGCAUAGCAUGGAUUUGGGUGCCACUAGCAGUGCUAGUGGGAUCAGUUCUUCCACUGAAGGGGGGCUGGCCAUGAAAGGAAGUAGCCGUAGCAGCCGCCGCAGCGCAGAGAGACCAAGUGGCUACACCAGCUUGUACGAGACCUCACAACCAAUGGUAGCUCAUUCUUUAACACUUUCUGGUCCCAGCAGCAGACAUGUGACUGAUACUAAAUUAUAAAAAAAAAGAUACUUCAGCUCAUUCCUCUGCAUAUGUUUUUAAAUGUAUUCAUACCAUUUUUUUGCAAAGGUUGUGAGACAAAAAUCUUUUUUUAAGUUCUUGAUUGUAGCUCAAUACUAUAUUUGAUUUAUUACAUGUAUAAAACACACAUUUUAUUUUAACAUGAAAUUUAUUUUAUAUUUUGUAGAAUUUGGCUGUGAUAGCUAUUGGCUGAAUAAUAUUUUUUCAAGUGUUAGAAGAAUUUUUUUUGUUUGUAAUGCUAAAUGUUCUCUGCGUAAUGUUAACUUUUGUCCAAAAUAGCAAAUCACAAAGGUUGCUGUGAACAAGGCAGUAAAUAUCUGAACCACCUUUGCAGUGUCACACAAAUGUACACCCUUGCUCUUUCAGACUUUCACAUAUACUCUUUUUUUUUUAAGCUAUGACUUGCAACAUUGCUUAAACACCCUUGUUAGUUGUGUUCCAGUCAAAUAUUGAUGUAUCAAGUGUUGCAGGACCAACAUCUAUAUGUUUAAAAAAUGUGUAUGUAAAAUGAACAUAAGUAGGUCUACUUGACCUUCACUUUAAAAUUGCCUAGCGGUACUGCUUGUACAUGCACGUUUAGACUUUUUCUACUGAGCCAAUAAGCAGAAAUUAGUUUCACAGAUUUUGAUAUGAUAUCUUAAAGUCAACCAGUUUGAACUGAAACAUUAAAAUAAAGCAUGUUGCUAAUUAUGUUGUUUUUUUUACUUCAACCAGCAUGCAUGAUUUCAGACUUGAUGCUGUAACCUUAUAGUUAAACUAACUCAAACACGGAAAUACUACAGGCUUACAACUAUAAGGGAAAUUAGAUGUAAAGAAGAAAAAUGUAUAGAAUUAUUAUUGAGAAAACAUUGCUAAGUCUCAUGAAAGAAGAAAAGAACUGUAAGAAGACUACAUGUUAAUUUUAUUGCACUCUACAUAAGAAGGUUUCUACAUAUAAUCUCAAUAUUUGCCUAUUUGUCUCAAUCAUGGGGAGAAAUGAAUUAUGGCUAGUUUAUUUUAUGCCAUUUUUUAGCUUGGAACUUGUCUGCACAAUAAUAACAGUUACAAAUAGUUUGAAAUUGAAACAAAUAUUCUUUUAUAAGCUAUGCUUGGGCUUCUAAAAAUGUUGGCAAUAUUGGUGUACUUGACAAGUUUUUAUUUAAAUAGCAAGAUUUGACUGGACUGCUAUAUCUGUUAGUUAUGACAAGUUUUUAUUUAAAUCGCAAGAUUUGACUGGACUGCUAUGUCAGUUAGUUACCAAACUAACUUUUUAAAAAAUUCAGUGUAAAGCAAAGGAGGGUUAAGAGUAGGCUUAGCAGUAUUUUUUAAGCACAACACAGUGAAAAAUCCACUGACCUUUGUUAUCAUCAAACUUCUGAUUUAAGUACAUUUUCUUAAGCUUCAAUUAAUAUUUGAAUACAUCUCUUGAUUAACCUGGAAUAACAAUGCUGCUAGAAGAUUACACAAAUAUUUAUUUAUUAUAAAAAGCUGUUUGUUUAAAUUGCAUAUAAAGUUUUUUGCUUUACAAGUUUCCUGUAUGCUUUCCAUCUCAUCUUAUUAUAAUCAGAGCAAAAAUCCAGCUGAUGAAAAAGUGAGGAAGCUGGGUUUUAAUAAUGAUGGGUAGAUAGAUCUAGUUCUGUUGGCCUUAUAUGGAAGGAUAAAUUUGAAACAAUAGCAAUGGAUCGGUCAUUAUGUGAAAAAAGAAUUAUGAGUAUAUCUACAGAAGCCACACUGGUUGUUAUCCCUUAUUUCGAAGCUAAAUUUUCCUCGUUUUUUAAGGAAUCAUCCACAACAUGACUAUAUUAUUAAAAUAUACAAAAUAAAUAUUAAUAAUUCCAGAUACAGUACAAUAUUUAUUUGUGUCAAUUUUAAUUUCAUUGGUAAAUAUAAUUUAAAAUUUAUUUUUUUUGGUAAGUUAACUUUUGUUUAUUCCUACGGUUCUAUGAAAUUUGUUCAACUUACUGUUUCUUGGUUAAAUAUACCUUUUUCUGUAUCAAGUAAUAAUGGAUGUGCGCAGGUGACCUCUGGUGUUCAAGUCUCACACUGGAGUGGCGACUGUCAAACUUUGUCUUAGUUCUUGCAAGAAAACAUUGACAUCUUUAAUUGACCAAUAUGGCAGCCAAGUUUCUCUUUAUUUUCUCUGUCCUAUGCUACCUUUGCAUAUUUAUGCCAUGGCAAUGUUCUUUGACCACUAUGCUCCCAAGUUUCUGGUUGUCAAGCUCUGCAUAGAAGAUGCCUUUUUAAUUUUUCCUUCUGGUAUGUAUUUGACAUCUCUAAGAUAACAUUCUACUUUGUGUUGGCAUUGCAUAAGACUUUAGUGCUCUUAUGCAAGCUAGUUGCUACACAAUCAUUGUAGUAUUUGAGUUGUUGUCCUUGCUCAUUUCAGCUUGCAGUUUUUCAAGCGCAUUUACAAUCGAAUUAGUUUCUUGGGAAAUUAAAAAAACAAACAUGAUUGUUAAAAUGUAGAGCCUAAGAAAGAUUUUUUUUAAACACAUCUGUUGUGAUAUUUAAUAAGUACUGGGUGCUUAGUUCUUGAAACAGUUUUGGUUACAGUACAUUUAAAAUAUGUUUUAUCUACUUUUACUUCGGACCAAAUUAUUUGCUCAUCUUCUCAUAUACGUAUGGACCACAUUUGAAUUACCAAGCAGUGUAUUUUUAGUCCAUACCACUAAUAUUUUAACUGAUUUGAUAUUUUGAAUUUUCUAAUUAUUUUAUAUCCACAUUCUAUUGAGGCUUACUUACAAUACUUUAAUACUAGUUAUAAUCAGUUACUUUAACCUAGAAUUAUGUAUGUGUCCUUAAAUUGCACUACUUUGUCUAAUUCAAUUUUUGUGGCAUUCAAAAUGACCUUUAUUACAACUACUUUGACAGUAAUUAGCUUGAUCUAGUUUUUAGACUUUAUAAAUCAGCUGGUCAUUGGCUGUAAAUUACUAAGACUUGAGCAGUGCCAUUGUGGAUGCAGAAAUAGGUGCUUAUUUUUCCCAGCUAUACCGGUAAUGAUAAUGUAAAAAUUGAUCAGAUGUGAUUCUAUUUUGAUUAAAUUUUUACUUUUGGUAUGUCGUAUCCAAAUUUGUUUAUUAAUGUUCACAUAAAAUAGUGUGUUUUUAUGAAUAUAUUUGUUAAGAAUUUAAAAAAAGGACUUUUUUUUUUUCUGGCGUUCUGAUUUUAAGUGUUGUAAAAACAUACAAAAAUGUAAUACUUAUAUUUAACUAUUUUAAAUGUAAUUGAAUCAGUUUGCAACAUGAUAAAAAGAUUAGAUUUGACACUGAAAAUGGCAAUAAAAUGACAAAAAUUGUGUUCAUUUUUACCUCUGAAGUUCACUGAAGUUUGUUAACUCUAGCAUAUAAUAAGCUUUUCCCAUUACAAAGUAUGUAAGAAAAAAAAAGAUAAAUGAUGUAUAUCUAAGAUGGACUAUGUACAAAUGUUAUAUUUAUUUAUCUCUCCACCAUGUAAAAAACAAUUUUUAAAAAUACAUUUGAAUUGUAUACUUGCUUUAUGUUUUAAUAUGCAUGCCUGAUUAAACAAUUUUCAGCUAA